UCGAACCCUCCAUUUUCUCCUCAUUCCAAUUUACACACACCAAAGUCCCUUUGGAAGCAAAAAGAGGAAUUUAACAAUGAGUUCAAGAACCACAAGCUCUUUAGCCAUUUUCUUGAUUCUCAACAUCCUCUUCUUCACAACAAUCUCAGCCUGCGGUAACUGCGGUUGCCCUUUUCCCAAGCCAAAACCUAACCCUGAACCUAAACCAACCCCAAGCCCUAGCCCUGCCACAGCCAAAUGCCCUAGAGACGCCCUUAAGCUUGGAGUCUGCGCCAACGUUCUCAACGGUCUACUCAACGUUACCCUUGGCCAACCACCGGUCGAGCCAUGUUGCACACUUAUAAAAGGACUGGCUGAUCUUGAGGCUGCUGCUUGUCUUUGCACCGCGCUCAAGGCUAAUAUCCUUGGGAACAACUUGAACAUCCCGAUCUCUCUCAGUCUGCUGCUCAAUGUUUGUAGCAAAAAGGUUCCCCCUGGCUUCCAAUGCUAAUCAAGAUUCUUAUCAUAUACAACCAUCAAGAUUCUUAGCAAAAAGGUGCCUCUUCGUUUCCAUGCCUGAGGACGUCUCCUCUGCGACUUGUGAGCUCCUGUACUUCCAAUGACUCGCCCUUCCGAAGAAGGGCCAAGCUGAAAACCCGAUGGAGCAAUGGGGGCAGAACAAGCAGGGAACAAGGAACCCGAGGACUCCGUACCUUCCCCACUAUUGUAUUUUAUAUCAUCUUCGUAUAUAUCUUAACUAAAAUUCUUUAUAUUUUAUUUUUUAUUAGUCUUUAUAGAGAUUUUAAGUUUGUAUUAGCAUGACACGAUUUUCAAGACUGGAAUGGUAUACAUUUUUUUAAAUGUUUGAUUGACUUUUUUUUUAUAUAUAUAGUAAGUAAAUUUGAGUUUUAUUGUUGUGAUUAGGUUUAACACUCAAAACAUUUAUUAUUUUAUAUUUUGUAUAUAUUGAAUGUACAAGUAUUUUUAUUUAUUUUACAUAUUUUAUUUUAAAAUUACUAAUUUAAUUGAAAAUAUAAUUCACUACAAUAGGAAAUUAUUUGUUUAAAAAAAGAAUCAAAACAUAAUAUUAAUUAUCAAUAUUUAAAUAAACAUAUGACUGAAUAUUUUGCCAAAUUUAUUUUUAAAAUUCAGUUCUAAAUUUAUGGGAUUGUGUUCAUAUGAUUCUUUUGAGAUUGGUGCAUGUAAUUAAAAACCAAGGAAACUAAAAUUAGCUAGUGUGCAGCAUCAAAAGAGAAUAUAUUCAUGUGCAUCUCUAAUUAGCUAUACUUAAAACACACUCUGUCUUCUUGUUGAUAAAACCAUAGACUGAUAUGAAUAAAUGAAAACCCUUAUAGACUGAUUCUCAAUUGCUGAUUGAGGCAUUUUCCUAGUUUUUUUCUGUAGUUCCUUUGGUCUCUUUUUGUUUUUCUCUAGAUUUUCUCUUGCUUAAUCUCAUCCUCACCAUUUCGGAACCACUUGCCCUCUCUUCCUCUCAAGCCUCUUUGCUGUUUCUCUCAGCUAUAUCUCCUUCACUUGGACAACAAUUAUAUAAUAAAAUUAUUAAUUAUGUGCGAAAAUAUUAUUUUAAAUUGAUGUCAAAUGUUCUGCUAGAUUAAAAAAUUGAUCAAAAACAAAUUCUGGAUUAUUAAAUAUUCUAUUAAUAAAUUUGGUUUAAACCUAUAAUAUGAUGAAAAUGUGGAAUAUUUAAUAAACUUUUACAAAUUGUAGUGUUAAUUUUUUAGACAAAUUCUAUUGAUGAAAUUUUCAUCAGGAAAAUGAAGGAUUCAGCUUUAUUAAUAGUGUAACAUUAUUUUUAAUAUUUUUUAUUAGAUCUAAUUGUUUAUAACUAAAUAAGAGGUGUGGUUGGACGAAUUUCUUUUCAAAUGUGUCAACGCUCUGAUUACUUUUAUUAGGUUAGCAGAUGUCAUUUGUCGAGAAGAUAUGUUAUAGGAAAUGUGUUACGUCGUGUGAGUUUUAUCUAAUAUUGAUUUAAUGAUUUGUAAUUGUAUCAUGUAUUUCACGUAAGGUAAUUUAUUCUGAAAGUCUUUCCUCUAGGCUCCCAUUUUCCAUUUUCCAUGAACUCAUACACCAAAUACCCCAUAUGCAGGACAUGAAGAAACCUGUGAGGAUGUCCUGAGCAGCAUUAGGGGUGUGAUCAAGUGUAUAUUUUGUACCAGACAUCGUUAUGUACCAAAGAAUUCAACCACCAUAUUUCUCCUGUGAUUCCCUUCUUUCUUUCAUUUCUGCUUGCUUCCUUCUAGUUCUGCCAUCAUCUGCGCUUUCACACUUGAUUCCAUUGUAGCUCUACACUUGGCCUUCUCCAUCUUUGGAAAAGCUAGGACUGUCGCUUCAGCACUCCUAACUUCCUCAAAUCUUCGAGGUUCUUACACAGGUUAUGCUAAUUUUUCAAGAGAAACAUGGGAGUCAUAAAGUUUUAGACGGAGCAAGCUGAGCUUACUCAUCAUCAACUAUAUCUGCUGACAUCUAUAUUUCUAAUAGCCCUUUUGUAUUAAGUGCUUCUCUGGACGCUGAGCUGUACAUGUCCAUGGUUUGCCUGAGUUCAAGCCUUCAUCUUCUCAUCUCAGUCUUCAAUAUUUCUCUGGCAAUGACUGGUGUUUAUUUGCGGUGAAAACCUUCUUGCUAAUGCGAAUGGUCGUCACGCUAAUGUCUGGUAAGAGUUCGUGUUUUCAACUUCGUUGGUUAUGGCGACGCUCAUCAAGUAUAACUUCAGGGAAGAUUUUCUGUUAAUCAAGAAAUAAACAAAUGGAUCCCACUUAAACUGAAUGUUUGGAUUAAAAGCUUGAUAAUGAAUUUACAAAUAAAGUGAAACAGAAUCAACAGUGCAUUUGUUUUAA